CCCAGGAUCUCGAUUACAAUGGGCACAGGCGCCCGCUAGUGCGGUCGGGAAAAGGGUUAUAAGCCCCGCACGGAGGCAUCGACCCCAGGCCUUCCUGCAGUCCCCUCUUUGCGCACCGAGAGUCUCCCUGCAGACACUUGUGCUCCGUCAAGAUGAAUCCAGAGAGACAGGGCGUGUUCCAAAACAUCCGGGUCUACUGGCUCGCGUUCAUUGUGUACUGGGGCAUCGUCCUCUUCGGUUAUGAUACUGGUGUCGGAGGUGGUGUCGUCUCGCAGACCUAUUUCCAGACGUACUUCGGCCUCGUGAAUAACGAUGGCUCGAUCAACAAGGCCAAGGCGGACGAUGUCUCUUCCAAUGUAGUGUCCGUUCUGCAGGCUGGUGCCUUCUUCGGUGCCUUGGGAAGUGCCCCCAUCUCCUCUGCAAUUGGACGGAAAUUCACUCUCCUGAUUUUCACCAUUGUCUUCGCGGUUGGUGCUAUCCUCCAAACCAUUGCCGGCGGGUCGCGGGGUCUCGGUUACAUUUAUGGCGGUCGAGUUGUUGCUGGUGUUGGCAUCGGAGCCAUCUCAGCCGUCGCGCCUGCCUUCGUCUCUGAGUGCUGCCCCAAGGAAGUGCGUGGCCGUAUCACUGGGUUCUUCCAGAUCAUGGUCGCCGUUGGUGUCAUGCUCUCCUACUUCAUCAACCUUGGUAUCAGCCUUCACAUCAGUAGCGGUCCCGCGAUUUGGCGCAUUCCCUUUGGCUUCCAGCUGGUUCCAGCUGGCAUCAUGGCCUUCGGCUUGCUUACGGUCAAGGAGUCGCCCCGUUGGCUGGCGUCCAAGGGUCGUGACGCCGAGGCUCUGAAGAACAUCGCGUACCUCCGUCGCCUCAGCCCUGACCACCCGAUCGUCCGCGAGGAGAUGGCUGAGAUUGAGGCCGCUAUCCAGGAGGAGCGUGCCGCACGGAACGGUCUCGGGCUCCGCGAGGCGAUUUUUGGCAAGGGCAACCUCAUCCGGUUUGUCAUCGCCAUCGUCAUCUUCAUCCUUCAACAAUGGAGCGGCCAGAACUCCGUCAACUACUACGCACCGCAGAUCUUCGAGUCGAUCGGCUAUACCGGCACUUCUGAGUCGCUGCUCGCGUCAGGAAUCUACGGUAUUGUCAAGGUUGUCGCGACCACCAUCUUCGUGUUCUUCCUCGCGGAUUCUCUCGGCCGUAAGCGAUCGCUGUUCAUCUCGUCGGUGGGCAUGGGCGUUAUGUUCUUCAUUAUCGGCGCCCUUCUCAAGACGCACCCACCGAAUCCUGAUGCGGCAACCCCGGCUCCUUCGUCGAAGGCUAUGGCCGCGAUGCUCUACAUUUAUGUCUGCUUCUAUUCGCUGGGCUGGGGCCCCUUGCCUUGGGUCUACGUCGCAGAUAUCUUCCCAACGCGGACACGGCACUACGGUCUCGCCACGGCGUCUGCAUCUCAGUGGCUUUUCAACUUUGUGCUCUCCAAGGUGACGCCGUCCAUGGUCACCGCUCUGGGCUUCAAGCUCUUCCUCAUGUUCGCCGCAAUAAACAUCGGCGGCAUGGCGACAUUCGCUGCGCUCAUCCCCGAGACAAAAGGCCGGUCACUGGAGGAAAUGGAUAUCAUUUUCGGCUCCGUGCAGGCCGAAAAGCGGCAAGCCGACAUCCUCAAGCAGGAGCGCGCGCUGGACCACGAGGUCAACGAGACGCAUUCCGUGCGGUCCGACCUAGAGAAGUCGUGAGCCGGCGAGAGUCCGUUUGUGUGCGACAAGGGCGUCGCUCUGUAGUGAUUCUCGGCACCCAUGUCCUUGGUCUACUAUUGCCAGUGUACGAGUAUCGAUGCCUUUGUCACGGCCCUCAGUUCAUGCUCGACGACCUGUGUUGUUUGAUGAGUAUCUUAUUAGUAGCCUAUCUCCGUCCUGGAAUAUGUUGUAUCAUUAGUGAAUCCAUUAUACACCAGCGCAAAGCCGGACUGGAUGAAAUUUUGGAGCAAAA